AUGGGUCGGUUUUGCGUGGCAAUCCUGCUGCUGGCGAUGGCCGCGGGCGGGAGCUGCGACCUGAUGCGCGUACCGCUGAGGAAGCAGACGCUGGAGAAGAGCAUGCUGGAGAUCGACCGUGAGGGCCUGCGGCGGGCACAGCUGGAGGCGGCCCUGGGCGAGGAAGACGUGCCGCUGAGGAACUACGCCAACGCGCAGUAUUAUGGGGCCAUCAAGCUUGGGUCGCCAGGUCAGGAUUUCAACGUGGUGUUCGACACGGGCAGCUCCAACCUGUGGGUGCCCAGCGCCACGUGCAGCUGGACCGACCUGCCCUGCGUGCUGCACAAGAAGUACGACUCCACCAAGUCGUCGACCUACGUGCCAAACGGCGAGAAGUUUGCCAUCCAGUAUGGGAGUGGGAGCCUGUCGGGCUAUCUCAGCCAGGAUGUCUUGGCGAUCCCAGGCACACCCAUGCCCAUUGUGAUCCAGGACCAGGUCUUCGCUGAGGCCACCAGCGAGCCUGGUGUGGCUUUCUUGCUUGGCAAGUUUGAUGGAAUCCUGGGUUUGGCAUGGCCAUCGAUAUCUGUGGAUGCAGUGGACCCACCGUUCACGAAGAUGGUCGAAGAGGGCCUUGUUGAUGAACCCCUUUUCUCGUUCUGGAUGAGCCGGGACCCCAGCGCAGAUGAGGGUGGGGAGCUUGUCUUUGGUGGCAUGGACCCCAAGCACUUCAAAGGAGAGCACACCUGGCUCCCUGUAUCCAAGAAGAGUUACUGGGACUUUGAGAUGGACAAGAUCGAGGUGCCUGGCGUGAGCGUCUGCCCGGAUGGCUGCAUAGGGAUAGCAGACACUGGGACGUCACUGCUGGUGGGGCCCACAGAUGACAUCCAGAAGAUUAACGAGGCCAUCGGUGCGAGCGGUGCUUCGAACUCAACGGCCUGCAUGAGCAAGGGUGCCUUGCUGGUGAAACAAGUGGCAGAGCUUGUGAAUGAGAUGUCCAGCGAUGAGGUUUGCAGCAACAUGGGCUUGUGUGGUUACGAAGAGCCACAGUAUGCAACAACACGGAAGCUGGUGGGCAGCAGCUGGACAUGCCAGCUCUGCCAGGAGAUCGCCAAGGAAGCAAAGAACAUUCAGGAUGAGCAGACCAUGAAGACUUUGGUGGAAUCCCUUUGCGACGACUUGGCGGACGUUGAGGCAAAACAGUCGGUUGGUGUGGCAACCAUCGACUGCUCUCUUGUCCCUCAGAUGCCUGACAUUGCAUUUGUGUUGGGUGGGAAGAGGUUCACACUAUCCUCCGAGCAGUAUGUGCUCAAGGUGACACAAUUCGGGCAGACAGAGUGCAUCAGCGGCUUCCAGGGCCUUGACCUGCCUCAGCCAAUGUGGAUUCUUGGGGACGUUUUCAUUGGAGCGUACCACACCGUCUUCGACUACGGCAAUGCCAGGGUUGGUUUUGCUCAGUCCGUGUAG